GCCAGAGCCGGGCUGCUGCUGCUGGAGGCGGCCGGUCGCUUCCUCCGCCUGCGCGGCACCGCGCUGCCAGCGGGAAUGCGGUGCGGGGCUUCGCGUCGAGUCGGAAGCGCCGGGCUGCCCUUGCCUUGCCGAAACAGUUGCGUGUCGACGGCGUUGUAGUACGUGAUGUCACGAGGGUGUUGGCUUUGAGGAAUUUCGCUACGGAGGAAGCAGUUUUGAUAAUGCAGGCAGUAUUUUCAAGACCUUUGAAUAUGCUCUUGGUUUCUCUUUAGUUAGCUCGGAGCAAACGUACAGAUGGAUACGUGCACACGUUUGUUUUUGGUAAGGAAUUAACAUGCAGAGCGUUGGAGCCAUCUAAGUGGAUACAGUACCUUGAAGGCAAUGUCGAGUCAGUCUGGAUUUUCGAACUCUGUGCCUCUCCCAGGAUACCCAUUCUACCAGGUGCCAUGCAGCCAUAAUCAGCAGACCACGUCAUUUAGACAUCCUGUGACAGGACAGGUUUCUCCAGAAAAUAUUGAAUUUAUUUUGCAAGAAGAACAGAAUUCACCUAUGUCCAAGCAACAAAUAAACCAAAGACCUUCAAGCAUGGUCAGUGAAUCAUCCACUGCAGUAACUAUGUCUGCUGUUGAUACAAAGCCUGGUUCUAAGGUAAUGAAGGCUGGAAAUAAAGUUCAUAGCUUUGGAAAGAGGGAACAAGCUAUCAGGAGAAAUCCCAACGUUCCUGUGAUAGUAAGAGGCUGGUUACACAAACAGGACAGUUCUGGUAUGCGAUUAUGGAAAAGACGAUGGUUUGUGCUUGCUGAUUAUUGUUUGUUUUACUAUAAAGAUAGCAGAGAAGAAUCUGUGUUGGGUAGCAUACCAUUGCCCAGCUAUGUAAUAUCUCCUGUUGGACCUGAAGAUCGUAUAAAUCGCAAAUUUUCUUUUAAGGCUGUCCAUACAGGGAUGCGGGCAUAUAUUUAUAAUAAGAAUUCUGUUAUUGGCUCUCAGGCAGAGCAUUCAGGGAUGCGGACAUACUACUUCAGUGCAGAUACCCAGGAGGACAUGAACAGCUGGAUUCGGGCUAUGAACCAAGCUGCCCUUAUGCAAACACGCUCUUCACUGAGAAGAGAAACUGAAAAGGCGGAUCAACGAGCUGUUCCCCAAGUCAAUCAUGUGGAUGCCUGUAAUGUGUGUGUGAAGGCAGAGAUUACCGACACAAAAGAAAGUUAUCAAAAAUCUGCUGAAAUGCUCGGAUAUGAUAAGCGUGAGGAGAUAAGAAGAGAGAAAGAAGAGGAGGAGCGUUAUAUCCACAGAAAAGAAGCUCUAGAAACUAAGAAGGGAAAGGCUAAGCAUGCGUUAACAGAAGCUGAUUCAUUAUUUCCAGAUUUAACGAAUGCACCACGAUCCCAAGUAGCUCAGUCUGUGCCCAUUGAGAAGAAUGGAACGCUUCCUAGUUCAUUAAGUAUGAGUGCUGGCCUAGUGGAGCAGAAUGGUACCGGCUCAUAUAAAAGAGGGUUUGUUCCCAGGACAAAUCCAGAUAAACAGAUUCAAAGAAAAAGUAAUAUGGCUCAAGUGGAGCACUGGGUAAAGGUCCAAAAAGGAGAUACAAAAAGCCUUGCUUCUGAUCUGACUCUCACACGCCAGGGUCCCAAUCCACCUUUUUCUGAAAACUAUCACACUUUGCCAAAGAAUACCAGGCAGCCUUCAGGGAGCUCACCGCCACCACUGAGUCGCAAUUUGCCGAGUGACUACAAGUACGCACAAGAUCGUGUUAGCCACUUGAAGAUGUCCCAGGAGGAAAGGAAAGCAAAUAAGGACGGAACUGUUUGGCAGCUUUAUGAGUGGCAGCAGAGACAGCAGUUUAAGCAUGGCAGCCCCACUGCCCCGCUUUAUGUAGGCUCUUCGGAUUUUAUGGAUCGGGGUAAGUCAAAAAGUUCGUUGGAUGUUCCACGAUCAGUAUCUGUUCCACCCUCUCCAUCUGAUAUUCCUCCACCUGGACCUCCAAAAAGCUUUCUCCCGAGGAGACCGCACACUCCUGCAGAAAGGCUUACAGUUAAACCAUCUGACGAGAGACAGACUGUAGACAGUCCUUUCGCUGGAUCACCUAGGAAGAUUCAAAGUAAUGCUCUAAAGAGCUCAACUCACAUUGAUCGACGCUCGAUGCCAGCUAUGGGCUACAUGACCCAUACUGUGAGCGCACCAAGUUUGCAUGGCAAGUCGGCUGAUGACACUUAUAUCCAGUUGAAAAAGGAUUUGGAGUAUUUAGAUCUGAAGGUGUCGGGACGUGACACGCUCAAAGAGCGAAGUACGAAACCCGUCAAGGUUGCAGAAAGUGAUAUUGAUGUCAAGCUGAGCGUUUUCUGCGAGCAGGACAGAAUUCUGCAGGAUUUGGAGGACAAAAUAAGAGCUCUUAAGGAAAAUAAAGACCAGCUGGAGUCUGUUUUGGAGGUGUUACACAGGCAGAUGGAACAGUACAAAGACCAACCACAGCAUGCGGAAAAGAUUUCCUACCAGCAAAGACUUUUGCAAGAAGAUCUUAUACAUAUUCGGGCUGAAAUAUCCAAGGUUUCAACGGAAAUGGAAAAUGCCUGGAAAGAAUAUCUGAAACUAGAAAAGGACGUGAGCCAGCUGAAAAAAGCCUUACAGGAACAAAUGAAUAGUUCAUUGGUAUCUCAGGAGAAAACACAAAUACAAAAAGACUUGUGGAGAAUUGAAGAUGUUACGGCUGGCUUGAGUGCAAAUAAAGCAAAUUACAAAACAAUAGUGGACUCCAUCAAGAAUCCAGAAAGAAAAACAGUGCCUUCAUUUUCUCAGUCUACAGUGCCUUCCUUACCGGCUUCUCUCACAACCGUGGAGAGCAAACCUUCAGUUCCACAAAGCCCUCCAUCCAGCCUGGUCAAACCUUCCCUAGAGGUGAGACUGUAUCCACAGCCUUACUUCCAGGCCAGAACGCAGCAACAAGUACCACAGCUGAAAAAAAUUGAGCCACCUCUUCAGUCGCCAGUUAGGCUAAUGCCAAAGGUUGAAGAUGAAGCACCGCCCAGACCACCUCUUCCUCAGUUAUACAGUCCUGAAGAUCAGCCACCAGCUGUUCCACCACUCCCAAGAGAAGCCACUGUCAUCAGACACACGUCAGUGCGAGGCCUGAAACGUCAGUCAGAUGAAAGAAAGAGAGACAGAGAACUAGGACAGUAUGUAAACGGAGAUUAUAGGGUAGAACUGCGUUCAUAUGUGAGUGAACCAGAACUAGCAAUGAUAGGCGGUGACCUCAGCCAACCUUCCAGUGGUUUUGUAACUGUUGAUAGUGGAUACCAGACAUUGCCUACUCGUGGCUUGUCUGGAUCAACUUCCAGAUUGCACCAGUCAUCUACCAUUUCAUCAUAUGCAACUCUUCGAAGAGAUAGGUCCAAGGAGAGACCAAAGAGUGCCUUGGAACGUUUAUACUCUGGAGACCACCAAAGAGGCAAGAUGAGUGCAGAGGAACAACUAGAAAGAAUGAAACGACAUCAGAAGGCAUUAGUUCGUGAACGCAAGAGAACCCUUAGCCAAGGAGAAAGGCAGUCUGUUUCAUCUCGGUCUUUCAUCAGGCCCAUUUCUGCAGACAUAGGCUCAUGGAAGCGAGAGCAAGAGUUUGAUUUGCAGCUACUUGAGAGGGCAAUUCGUGGAGAAGACAAGGAUGAAAAUGAAUGGUUAAAAGUUCAGCCAGUAGCAGUAGCGGUGACAGAGACAGACCUGGAGCCUCAAGACUACGAUUUAGACAUCAGCAGAGAGUUGUCAAAACCUGAGAAGGUUGCGAUUCCGGAACGUUAUGUUGAAUUGGAGCCAGAAGAACCUCUUUCUACAGAAGAACUGGCAGCAAGGCAGCGUAAAGCAGAGAAGAUAAAGAAUAUUCUUACUAAAUCAAGUAUGCACAAUCUGCAGCCUACUGUUGCCCAGGACAAGCACAACUCAGUUGAUUUAGAUUCACAGCUCCAAGAGCAGGAACGCAUCAUUACCAUAUCAUACGCUUUGGCUUCUGAAGCCUCUCAGAGGAGCAAGGAGGUAGCAGCUCAGCAGUUGACCUAUCCACCCAAAGCACCCUCACCUUCUGUACCACAGCCACCUCACUCUCCCUUAAGCAAUGGAUUUCACUACACAUUUGUUUAAACACCUUAAAAGUAAGAACUAACUGCUCUUGACACGUCUGAUUUACCAUUGUAUCUUCGCUGUGGCUUGCUGAAUUUUUAACCCCUAAAUCAGAUCCAAAUCAAAGCAUGCAUCCAUUUUUCAGAAAACUUUCACUCUUGUAUAAUAAAUAUUGCUUCUAAUGAGCUAACACAGCUAAUAGUCUUCAAAUAACUGCUGUAGCUUUCCAGAUGAGGAACUUCCAUGUCCUCACUGUGGUGAAGGAAAGAGGCGUCUACACUCUUGGUAGCGUGGGGCCAGAUUUUCAGCCACAUUUGUACUCCUAUGGCAAGUGUUGCAUACAGCUGUGGCUGCAGCUGAGCUCUGAAGGCAGUUUUACCUGCAUGUGACCUGUAUGUGCACACUUGCUGCACAAGAGAAUUGAAAGUGCAACCAAUGUUGUGUAUACGGGGGGAGGGGGGGAAGGAUAGUUUAUGGGCUGAUAUCUAAAAGUACACAGGCCAAAACUCAUGUCUUGUUUGAGAUGAGCUGAAAAUUUGGCCCUAUAUAACUAUUUCUGCAAUACUGUGACUGCUUUGUGUCUUUGUGGGUUUUUGUUUUUUUUUCUUUGCUGGAUUGGGUUAACAGAAGUGUUAAUUUUUGUCUCUGACUUGGUAAUUUUGACAUUUCAAGUGUUAAGAUAAUUUUGUUGUUCUUAUAAAGUUAUAUAAAGAAAUACUUAUCAUCUCUUCUCAGUAGUAUUUGCAGUGAUUUUUCUAUUUGAAAUAGAAGAACCUGUCAAUAUUAUAAUGCCUAACUGCUGGAUGUGCUGUAGUUAUAGCACUUGUGUAUCUGUAGUUUCCUUCAGAAGUGUUUUCAUGUUCCUGAUUUCCUUUGGACUAAUUUUGUUAACUAAUUCUGAACAAGAACUUAAAACAGAGAUGAAGCAGUAAAGCAGGUGGAUUGAAUGAAUGCCUUAAAUAGUGUUAAUCUUUAGAUACCUUUGUUUUCAGUUUCACCAAUCUGAAUCAAGUUCCUCUGCAACAAAUACAAACUAAAUAAAAGUGAGCAUGUUCCAGAAAGGCCCAAUGAGGCACUGACCUGUCUCCAGAAAUGCUGCAGUAAAUGAGAGUAGAGCGAGAGAGAACGUGCAGAGACAUUCAGAGCAGUUCUACAGAACUUGGUGGAAAUAGCUAUUUGUGUUUCUGGUUCUGUUUAUCUUUCUGAGAACCAGAUUCUAAGCGUCUCUGCUAUGACUAACAGUUGACCCUGCUAGGAUAUUGUCAGGUUUGAGCAUGGACCAGGUGAGCUUCCAACCAGAGGUCCCUUUCAAACUCAACCUGAUUCCAGGCAGACUUCACAUUUAUCAUAUGUCUGUAUAAAUAUACGUGUGUGUGUGUGUGUGUGUGUGUGUGUGUGGUGUGUGUGUUUGAAAAAUGACCAAGAAAAUAAUUGCAAUAACCAGCAAUAUGCAGGGGACCCAACGUUUUGAGUGUGAGCUCAGUGGCAUCAUGUGACAAUGGUUUGCUUAAUAUUGUCAGUACUAAUCUUCUUUCUUUCUGUCUAUCUUCAGGACGCUUUAAUCCAAACAUACAUUUCCUGAAAGUGCUUGCUGCUUGGCAUCAGUGCACUCGCUUUCAUAUUUAACCAUGUUUUAUUUUACUUCACGCCAGCCAAAGCAGUAAGUGAGCAAUGAUGUAAGAGUCGAAGGCAAUCCCACCCCAGUGGCGCCAUGUGGAAGAAAGAGGAGAUUGAUUACGAGCACUCUGUGAAGGCAUUCACUGGCUGAUCACAGGUUCUUUCUUUUGGAAAUAUGUUCAGAGAAUAAUGGGGGAUUUUCUAUGAAAAUGGAGAGAAUUGCUUAACAUCUUAUUUUGACUUCAGUUUAGUUCAGACUUUUUAUGUGAAUGAAUGGCACUUUUAAUAAACUCUGUAAAAUACUGACAAUGUAUUUUUAGAACAGAAUGUAUUUUGGAAUUUGUUUAAAUCAGGGGCUGAAUUCAUUUGAAGAGGAACUACUUGCAUAGUUGUUACGAGAUGCUGUUACUUCCCCCUCAGGCUCAGAAGCACAAUGUAAAGUUUUAUGGAAAAAAAUGCAAGUUGAACAAUCCUAGAAACAUGUUUGUAGGGUAUGGGUAGAGCUAACCCCACUUGAGAGGUUUGCUGUAGGGGUGUUUUGGGCUGAGUACCUUAGCAGAGUUAAUCACCCACCCUUUUGCCCAUGGAAUAAUACAUUGCAAGGAACUUGUGGUUUGAUUUCCUAAAUCUCAGUGUAGCUGAAAUUUUCCAUGAAAGCCAUCACAAAAACCAAUUUUGAACUCCUGUUUCCUUUUUUGAUUGCGUAUGAUUAGCUUGCUGGUAUUGAUACACAGCAUGCUACGUUGCUCCUGACAGUAGUAACAACCACCUAGCAAAGUAUAUAUAUUUUUUGAAAGUUGAGAUGUGGAAGAAGGAAACUUUUAAAUUAAAGUAUGUCACGUAAGCAAUAAGAAAAAUAGGAUGUGUCAUUUUACUGGUAAAUAUAUAUUUUUUCUUCAGAAUACCUAUUCAAUAAAAAGUACAAUAUGACGUAUUGACUAGUGUUUAUGCUGGAAACAGUAAAACUGAUGUAAUGUGGCACCUGCUAAUUUUACAUGCAAGUUCACCUCAUGCUUAACUUUGCCAAACUUUGAAAUUCAGCGUUCUACUUAUAUGGCAAAGGGUGAGGUGGCUACGAAAGGAGAAAAGAAUAUGAAAUGAAUGGGUACAAGUGCUUUACCUGGAAAAAAUAAAAUAAAAUGCUGAGUGCAAGAUAUGCAGAAAUUGCCCCAUAUUAGGUAGUUGAGUUCAGCUCUAGAUAAAGAACAGCUGAGAAAUAAUUUGCAGUAUUUUGUGAUACUACUAACUUGUUUAUAUGCCAUAUUCAAGUAAUAGAUACAAAGCCCUGGAAACUGAUUGAAUUUCAAGUUUCAGACUUUGAGUCAAAUCAUAUUAUCUUAACACUGUAGCCGGAAAUGUUCUUUAAAAUAUAUAUUUAGCUAAUGUUAUCUAUUUUACCUCAAUACUGCCAGUAUCGACUUCAAAACCUUUUGCCAAAAUAAUGAUUUAUUUUUGCCUUUAUAAAAAAGUUUUGAGAGCGUAAAUGAAUAUUUUGCAAGAAAACAUUAAUUUAAAUGUAACAGUUUGGAAAAUGGUAUAUGUACAGAUUAAACUAUUAACAUAACUGCC